CUAGUGUGUAUUCGCUUCGCCAUUCAUUUUUAAUUGGAUUAGGUGGAAAUGAAAUGAAACUAGACGCGUCUGUAUGGCUUAUUAGUUCUUUUCCUUUUUUGUAGCGAGGCUGUGCGGAAAUUUUCCGGUGGUGUAAAAUGAAUUACAGCAUUAUUUUUUUAGAAAUAUUCAUUGUACUGGCUUUACUGGCCGGACUCGUGUCUAUGUUGUGGUUUGUUAUUGCUUCUUUGCUGGAGGAAAAAGUUCCCGUAUUGACACCAGGCGAAUAUAUUUUUGAUUAUGUGGUGGUUGGUGCUGGGAGCUCUGGUUCGGUGGUUGCCUCACUGCUUAGCAAACACAGUAAAUCAACAAUUUUAUUGGUAGAGGCAGGAGAUAGAUUUGGCUUUCUAAGCAAAAUUCCGCUUCUAACAACGUUCCAACAAAAAGGAGUAAACGAUUGGUCCUUCCUUUCCACGCGACAAGCGCACUCAUCAAGGGGCUUGGAGGAGGAAAGACAAUGCCUUCCAAGGGGCAAAGGACUCGGAGGAUCCGCCCAGCUGAAUUAUAUGCUGCAUUUUGAUGGAUAUGAAGGUGAUUUUGAGCGAUGGUCCCGCGAUUUUAAACUUAAAGGUUGGGAUUGGCUUUCUUUUAAACCUUUUCUGCAAGCGGGUAAUUCGAAGCCCUUCGAACGUUUGGAAAUAACUCCGGACUACUCAAAGAUUGCAACGGCAUUUCAUAGAGCCUCGUCCGCGUUUGAGCACAGGAAUUGGCAUUUUCGUAAGGCCCAAUACAAUAUCAAGAAUGGAAUUCGUUACAAUGUCUACCAAAGGUAUUUGCAGAAGGCUUACAAACAACGAAACCUCAGGGUAAUGACAAACACUUUGGCAAAGUCAAUUGAAUUUCGGAUGGACACAAAGAAGGGCAAAAAAGUUGCUGUUAGGUCGGUUAGGCUUGCAACCAAGGAUGCUAAUACGGGCAAGGAAUUCGUUUUCGAGGUCAAUGUUUUGCGCGAGUUGAUUAUAUGCGCAGGAGCCUACCAAUCACCUCAGCUCUUGCAAGUUUCUGGUUUGGGCAAUCGCACACAUUUAAAAGAGCAACAAGUGCGGAGCGAACCUUUUCUGCCUCACUUGCCUAUGGUGGGCCAAAAUUUACACGACCAUCUCAAUCUACCAUUGUACGUUUCCAUAGACACGGUGGGACCCUCGCUAAAUCAAAGGGCCCUGCUAAGUCCUUGGUCUAUUUUAAGCUAUUUGACUGUGGGUGGAGGUCAUUUGGCCAACUUUGGAGUGUUGGGUCAUGUACAUAACUAUGCGAAAAAUCUCAGUGACAUAUUUGGGCUUACGUUUUUCGCUGCCGGUGCCAUAGAUGAAGCCGCCCUAAUGUCCAUAUCGAACUUUAGAAAAUCUUAUUUUCGUGCCCUAUUUCCGCGCUACUACAACAGUUCGCAGGAGGGCUUUGUUUUAAUAUCGUCAUGUUUGCAGCCUCUAUCGAGGGGCGAGGUGCAAAUACAAAGUUCCAGCAUUCGAAGGCAGCCCCUAAUCAAUCCCAACUACUUGUCCGACCGAAGGGACAUAGCGUGCACCAUCAAAGCUGUUAGGGCAGGUAUCGAGCUUGUAAAUUCGCAACCCUUUUCAUCUUUGCUGGGCCCUCAAAUACACUGGCCGCGUAUUAAAGAAUGUCUGAACGGAGUCGAGAAUGAAUUUAUUUUACAAGGACCCUCGGACAAGUAUUUGGAGUGUCUGAUCCGACAUGUGGGUUUGGGAUCUCAUCAUCCGGGUGGCACUUGUAGAAUGGGUACAAAUGCACAAAACAGCGUUGUCAAUGCGAAAUUCAAGGUACAUGGCAUAGAAAAUUUACGAAUAAUUGAUGGCAGCGUAUUACCAACACCCAUUUCGGGUAAUCCCAACUCCAUUAUAGUGGGUAUGGCGGUACGGGGAGCUGCAAUGAUUUUAAAAGAAGAAAAAAAAAAAACAAUAAAUAAUUAAACAAGGGAGAACAAAAAUUA